AUGGCCGACCCAUUUUCAAUUGCGGCCGGCACCGUAGGCCUGCUUGACGUUUCCUGGCGUGUAGGCACAUAUUUGAGCAAUCUCAAUUCUUCGAGAAGUAAAAUCGAGCAAGAACUUAAAGACUUAACGAAAGAAGUCAAAGCCAUCGAGACCGCUAACAACUCCAUCCAAGCGCUAUGGAAUGCACAGGACAAGCCAGAAGACAAUGGUUCGAUAUCCAAUGAUACUCAGAUCACGACGCUUUGGCAAAACGUUGGCUCAAUCUUGAAAGGCUGCUACUCUGUUAUGGAAAGGCUCCAGGCACUCGUCAAAGAUAUUGUGGGAAACGGUGGUCUAGAAGUCACAGGCAAGCGCGAUGGUGUCCGGAAGGUGCUGCGGAAACAAGGGAAAGAGACCGAUGUCGAUGAUAUCCGACAGCAACUGUCAAGCUUCAAAAGCAGUCUUCAGCUCCUUCUUUCCGCGCUAUAUUUCGCCUAUGCUCGUACAUCGCAGAAUUCAACCGAUGUAUCUUUAGAACAUCUCUCCAACAAGAUGGAGUCCUUGGGCUUUCAACUCCAGAGCGAACUCACAUCUUUACGAAACAGCCUCGAAUUCAUCGGCGAGGGCCCCAUCCGCGAUGCUAUCAAAAUUGCUACGGGGGUAGCUUCGAAAGCGCCACUAAACAGGUACUUCGAUAUUCCUCGCGCUGUUAGCAGCGUCUUCACUGGUAGAGAGAAGUUGUUGAAGGAAUUGAGGGGUGACGUGGACCCUGCAAACCAAGAUGAACAGAACCAGCAGAAACGCUUCGUGAUUUACGGCUUAGGUAUCUUUUGGGGCGUUUUCUACAUCAACGCUAGCUCUAAGGAGAGCGCAAAGCACACGUAUUCGAGUAUCGCAAAAAAUGUAGGACGAGAGCCCAGCGAGGCAGCAGCAAAGAAUUUCCUAACCGAACUCGAUAAACCAUGGCUCUUGAUCAUUGAUAAUGCUGAUAACCCUGGCAUGGAUCUCGAAGAUCUUUUUCCUGGAGGCGAGAGAGGCGUUAUACUAAUCACCACUCGCAAUCCAAACAAUAGGGUACAUGGCACUUUCGGCAAGCGCUUUUACGUGUUCGAGAAACUUGAUGAAGAUGCAGCCAUUGAGCUCAUUCUUAGGACAGCCUGCGAAUCAAGGACACCGUCUGCUUUGAAAUCGGCAACAAGAAUCGCACGUGGAUUGUCAUAUCUACCCUUGGCCCUCGUCCAAGCCGGAAAAGCCGUCAUGAAGCGCCUCUGCUCGCUCGACCGGUACCUCGAUUUUUACCACAGGAGUUGGGAGAGAAUCCGGAUCGCCAGCAAAGCCGCACAUCAAUAUCAUGGAAAGAAUGAUAUGUUUCAUAUGAAUGUCUAUUCAAGCUAUGAGAUACUUUCCGAAGGGUUUGAAGAUGCUCAUACAACCGCUGCCCAAGAUGCUCUUGAUUUGCUCAAGGUUUUCUCAUUCAUGUCGAACGAGGAAAUACGAUUGGAUUUUCUGAUUGCAGCGGUGACGCAUCCACGAUUAGAAAACGAGCAUAAAAGACAAGCAACUGAGAAGAAAUCUAAAAAACAGUCACUCCAACGUCGAGCAUCCAUGAGACGCCCUUUGGUGCGGUCUUUGAAAGAAUGGAUUACAUGGGCGAUCAUUGAGAUACGGAAAGAUCGCAGUAGGCCUGUGCUUCCGGCAGUCAUAAGAGAUGAUAAAGACAACCAUUUUGAUGAGGAUCGUUUGACGCAGGCACUAGACCAGCUUAGCCAAGUAUCGCUCAUUAGCUAUCAACAAGACCGACAAAGUUAUUCUAUGCACCCUUUAAUACACACGUGGAUUCGGGAGAGACCCGAGAUGAGCACAGGAGAUCAAGCAAUCUGGUGCGAAGCUGCGAUCACGAUCUUAACCCGAUCUAUUCUACUGCCUCCACUCGAUGCUGUGGCUUCUGCAGAAUCACUAAGGCGACACCUAUUGCCUCAUGUUCGUCACGUACGAAAAUACCGGGACGAAAUCUAUGCUCGAAUACAACAGAACCGCUUAAGUCGCCGGAAACCUCUACCUCUCGCUGGCCCCUAUUUUGGUGAAAGACAAAUCUGGCAAUUGGCUAAAUUUAGCUGGGUGUACUUUCAGAACGGGCUUUUUGAUGAUGCCGAAGUUUUGCAGGUCAAAGUUCAGCGAUUUAUUUGCGAGAAUCUAGGCAUGAGUCAUCCUCUAGGCAGGCUCACCACUCUUGCCCUUGCAAACACUUAUUGGCAUCAAAUGCGGACCAACAAGGCUGCGGAAUUGCAAGAAGAAGUUCUAGCCGCACACGACUCCUCACUUGGAGAUGAUCACCAUCAGAUAUUCAAGGAUAUGGACUUUCUCGGGGCAAGUCGUUGCGCCCAGGCUCGGUUUCAUGAGGCCAAGGAAUUACACCAGAAAGCUAUCAGUGGGCUGAGGAAUCUGUUGGGACCCGCACACGAAGACACAUUGGUCGCGAUUGAUAAUCUCGGAAGAGUCAUGUGGAGAUAUAAUGAAUACGAUGAAGCUAGGAUACUACAUCAACAAGCAGUUGAUGGCCUAACAGAAUGCGAGAACAUUGGGGGAACCCACGAAAAAACCCUUUUCGCCAAAGAGUGUCUUGCCUUGGCACAUAUCGACAUUUUGGGCAAUCUUGUCCGCCCAACCGAUGAACGACCACACAUUGCGCAUGAGCUGAUGGUUGAGGUGCUCGUCGAGCGAAGUAAGAAACUCGGCAAAGAGCAACCUUGGACUCUCCUCGCCAAGUGCGAUCUAGCUCGCAUUAAAAGCGCUCUGGGUGAUCUUAAAGAUGCAGAACAGCUGCUUCGCGAGACCGUGCCAGUUGCCGUACGGGUCCUAGGGGAGAAUCAUUUCGGCACAUUGAUGGGUAAGACCCAUCUCGCCCAGAUGCUUGCCCGCCAGAAGCGGCACAAGGAAGCAGAGACGAUGUUUCUGGAAAUCAUUCAUCGACCUCGAGAUGAAGCUGCAGCAUUAGAUGACGGCGAACAUCCGGACCGCAUUCUUGCAAUGUGGUAUCUCGUGAAAUGCUACGAAGCAGAACACAAGUAUCCCGAAGCCUUGGUUGCUUGUCAGGAUCUUCAGAAAUUAUUGGGUAGAAUAGGUGGCGAAGGUCUCGGCCCGUCACAUCCUUUUGAAAAGAGACUUGAGCUGCGGAUUGAACAACUAGGGCUCCUUGUCGGCCAAGCGUCACAGUCUUCCGCUACAACAUCGAAAAUGUCUCUAUUGGACGACAAGGAAGAGGCGCAUGCCACGGCCGUUGACUCUAAAUCAGUGGAAACAUUAUGGAAAGAAGUUGGAAACCUAGAAUUGCAAGUAGAGCAAGUGGAUGAUGAUCCGACGAUGCCUCCUCCUUAUUCUGAAUUCUGA